AUGUCUGCCACCAAUGAGCCAGACCAGGACCUAGGUGCCCAGUUGGGCGUGGGGGACGUAGCGGGAGCUGGCAGCCGGGUGGCGGACGAGCCGGGGCUGGUGGGGGCGGGCGCCCCUGGGGCUGUGCAGGAGCAGGGGGUCCCUGCGGGCUCCGGGUCCCAGGCCCAGGAGGUCCAGAUGAGCCGGGAGGACUCGAACAUCGGGCCAGCCGAAGAGGAGGGGGCCGUGGCCGAGGAAGCUAACCCGGCCCGCGUGGUCGAUGUCCACCAGCUCCCCAUAGCCAGCUCCCAAUUUGAUUUCCACAAGCUGAUCCACUCCAUGCUGCGCCGCCAAUACCACCAAAACCACGUUGUCAUAUGGCCCCGCGACAGCCCCAUCGGGCGGCGCCAGCCCCAAAGCUUCAGGUUCAGGUGCCGGGGCAGCGGCUACAGGGGAGGUGGCCAGGGCCACGGGUCCCAGGGCCAGUCCUGGGGCCCUGGCGCGGGCGAGGACCCGUCCUGGAGCGCCUUGCCCCAGCUUGACUAUGUCCCAAGCCAAGCCCCUGCCCCGGGGCCCACUGAGCCCGGGGAGCCCUCCAACCAGACACAGCAGGCCCCAGAGCAGGAGCAACCUGAGGACGCCUCCCACCAGGCCUCAGCACCACAGCUCGAUGCCGCCCAGCCUGGGACAUCCCAGAGCCAGUGGGCAGCCCUGCAGGAGGAUGAGGAAGCAGCUCAAUAUCAGCAUGAAAACUCUGACGAAAAGGCCCCAAAACCAGGAGGUGAGGAGGAGAAAGAAGCAGAGGAAGAAACUGAGAAAGAAGCAGAGGAGAAAAUCGAGAAAGAACCAGAGAAGGAAAACAAGAAAGAAAAGGAACAAGAGCCCACAAAGAAUCUGGACGGUGCAGAGGGAAGGCCCGGAAGUUCCAGGUAUCUAUAG